AAUUCGUCUGCGUCUAAAGCUUGUAAGCAGUAAGGAAUCAGUUGGAUGUGUACAUAAAACAUACGAGCAACAAUCAGCGGAGUAAAACAGGACUCAUCUUCAAAGCCGUCAUCACUGCAAUGAUACUAGGAUUAAUUGGUUCAUCUAUAGCUCAAGAUUUACGGCAACCAUCAAUUUUGUCCGAAGCGCGUUAUCUUUCUGGUGAUGGAACAUUUGGUGCUGCUUAUACUCAAGAUGACGGAGUGCAAUUUAAAGAAGAAAGUGACGCUAAUGGUGACCGAAAAGGUUCUUAUUCUUAUAUAGAUCCAACCGGACAAAGAAGAACUGUUUACUAUACUGCUGGCAAAAAUGGCUUUCAGGCAAGUGGUGACGGUAUUCCGGAAAUAACACCGCCAACACCUGAAUACGAGCCUCUACCAGAAUAUAAUCCUCCUGAUUAUCGACCACCGCCACCACGUUCAUAUAAAUUUCAAACGGACCCAGAUGCCAGACAAUUAACUUACGACUCACCUUCACCAUCACCUCCUCCGCCGCCCCCUCGUCCACGUUUACAUCCAAACCCACAUCCACGUCCAGUUCGUCCGCGUAUAAUUUAUCAACCCCAAUAUCAACCAGAGUACUCGCCAGUGACUCAACCACCCGAAGUCCAUGAGUAUCAAUACGAACCGCGACCAUCGCCGACUUACAAACCACGUCUACAAAUUCGUUAUACACCAGCGCAGCCUCAACCUCAACCUCAGCCGCGGUUUCAAUCUCAAUCUCAACUUCAUUAUCAUCAACCAAAACCUCAGUACCAACCGGAACCAGAGUAUAAUGAACCCGUACCUCAAUAUCAACAAACAGAGCCACAAUAUCAACGACCUGAUACUUACAGACCUUAUGUUGAGUAUUCAUUUCAAACUCCGACAAAUCCAGCGCCUCGACCUCGUUACAAUGAAAUCACAACUCCUGCGCCUCGUAAAUUUUAUCCACCAGGUAAAUUAGAUUUUACCAGAACUUCUGACGGAUUCUCUUAUACUUUUAAUAAGAAUUAAUUUUACUUAUAUUUAUAUAUUUAA